GAAAUACGCUGCAGGAAGAAAGGCACUGGAUUAAAAUCACCAUUCCAGAACCCGAGCGCUCGAAAAUUGUGACAUACAUCGGUUGCAACAACUGCGGUAAGAGAACUGAAAUGGAUGUCGGCUCUUCCUUCGCAUGCAAGUUUUGCUCCAAGGAAGGAUGCAUAGCAGCUCCUAGAAUAACUUUCAAAUUUGACGCUACCGAUGGCACCGGAGAUAUGACCUUCACAGCGUUCACCCAAGAAUGUGAAAUCCUUUUUAGGAUGGACGCAUCUGAGAUCUACGAUGAAAUUGCUGCUGGAAUAUUCGAAUUUGAACCAAUCGCACACCGGCUUAGCACAAGGCCAUUCCUCUUACAAAUUGCUCCAGGGACCGCACUUGCUCGGAACAAGAUCCUAACUUGGGUUCCAAAGGCUGUUCGCUGGAAUUAGCACAGCCCAGUUAACUAAUCUGCCCUUUUUGCAUAAUGUGGGCUUCUGAUAGGAACAAAGAUCUUUUGUGUUGCUCACUUCAAAUCACAUUCUUUGUUCCUAUACGACACCCCUACUACUUGCUAAUCAAGUGGUAUGUGUUAAGUUUAUUAGGUAAUUAGCUUUUGUAGUAAAUACUUUUGGGUGCACAAAUACUUCGCACAAGCUUUAACAUCGACUCAUCAGAUGUGCUCUUAGUUGCUCUUUUUAGUGUACAAGCACUAGGCAUGAACUCUAGCAUUAGCGCAUGAGAUCUGUACUCUUAGCCUGAUUACACUAACUCAUCAAGUCGCCGCACUUGAUCUUUCUAAAA